AUGGCAGUUCGAAUCGUGGAAGUUGGCCCUCGAGAUGGUCUCCAAAAUAUCCGAGAUACAAUCCCGACUUCAACCAAGUUGGAGUUGAUACAGCGGCUGCAUCAGACUGGUCUACAGACCAUUGAGCUGACGUCUGUAGUCUCACCCAAGGCGAUCCCGCAACUCGCGGAUUGUCGUGAGGUCCUCGGUAACCCAGAUAUCAAAGCGCUCUUGGAGAAUCCACAACUGCGACUUCCUGUGCUUGUCCCUAAUGUGAAAGGACUCGAAAUUGCCAAGCAGCUGGGGGUGCGAGAGAUUGCCGUCUUCAUCAGUGCCACGGAGGGCUUUAGUAAAGCCAACAUCAACUGUACGGUUGAGCAAGGGAUUGAAAGAAGUACUCAACUUGCAUCCUUGGCGAUCGCAUCCGACAUCCUGGUCAGAGGAUACGUUUCGUGCAUCUUUGCAGACCCCUUUGAUGGUCCGACUCCAUUACCAGCUGUCCUGCGCUGCGUGAGGUCCCUCCUAGACGCCGGCUGCUAUGAAGUCAGCCUAGGCGACACCUUGGGAAUCGGCUCCCCUGCCAACGUGCGCGAACUCCUCAACUAUUUAAUCACUAAUGGUAUUCCAGUGGAAAGGCUCGCCGGCCAUUUCCACGAUACCUACGGCCAAGCCGCCGCGAAUGCAUGGGAAGCCUUCAACAACGGCAUCACCGUAUUUGACAGCAGCGUCGGAGGUCUGGGCGGAUGUCCAUUCGCCCCAGGAGCAAAGGGUAACGUCGCUUCCGAAGAUCUGGUCUACAUGUUUCACAACGCGGGCAUAUCGACGGGCGUCGAUCUGUCCAAGCUAGUCGAGACAGGGAACUGGGUAUGCAAGAAGCUUGGGAAGAGCAACUCAAGUCGAGCCGGGACGGCAUUAAUGACAAAGUCGACCAAGCCCAAGACCCCUCGACUGAGUUGGAGUUUGUUCAACGAAACCGAUGGUCUGCAAUUAUAUCGGUCGGGUGUAAAUCUGAAGAUCGUUCUCAAUAGACCCAAGAACGGAAACACCCUGACCACGACCAUGAUUUCCGAUAUCACAACCGCUAUCUCAAACGCAUCUUCCAAUCCCCUGAUCUCGAGAAUCGUCAUCACAGCCAAUGGCAAAUUCUUCUGCACGGGUAUGGAUCUCGGGAAAGGAAGCACGGCCGUCGGGGGAGACUCAAGCGAGGCGCAAUUCACUCGACUGACGAAUCUCUUCGAGGCCAUCGAUCAAUGCCCGAAGGUGACGAUUGCAGCGGUGAAUGGACCUGCCUUCGGGGGAGGAGUCGGACUUGCGUUGGCGUGUGAUUUGCGAAUCUUCGCACAAGGCGCGAAUCUCACGCUGAGCGAAGUCAAGCUCGGACUUUGUGCGGCGACGAUCUCGAGGUAUGUGAUUCGGGAGCUGGGGGUGGCGUUUGCAAGGGAGGUCAUGCUCUCGGCUCGAGUGGUGACGCCGACGGAGUUGAAGCGCCUGGGUAUCAUUUUGGAAAUUGCGAGAGCUCAAGAGCUCCCGAGUAGAGUUGAUAGCUUUUUGAUUGAACUGAAAGCUGCUUCGUCGGAUGCCUCGCGCAUGUCGAAGGAGUUGGUGAGACUUGCUUGGACGGACGGGGGGAAAGAAGAGCAAGCAUCUGGGAUAAAGGGGCUGUUUGAGGAUAUGAUGCAGCCUGGCGCAGACGGCGCGUAUGGGGUAAGGGAGUUUCAGGCAAAGAGAAAGGUAGAUUGGGAUGCCUACGUUCAACGGAAGAUAAAACUGUGA